UCUUCCUCUUCCCUCUAUAUAGUCUCAUUUCUGAUUUCUAUAAUCCCCCUUUUUUCUCUCUCCUCCGUGUCUGCUAAUCACACCAACAGUGAAGAAUUUUCCACUCGAAAUAGAGGCUGCAAUACCCAUUUUCUACUGUUCAAAGUUUCCCUAAAUAAAGAUCUUAAUUGGGUAAAAAAUGUAUUGAAUUCCCACCAAAUCCUGCUUGUUUUUGGUGCAAUUGCUUCAUAAAUUUUACUGGGUUUCUUGUAACUUUUCUAUUAUUUUAAGAGAUCUUUGUUGAUUGGAAGUUUCGUCAGUGAUCUGGGUUGUUACUCUGAACUGGGUAUGUUAGGGUUUUAGCAUGGAGUUGAAGAAACAAAAGACAGUAAGGUUUUACUCUACUGGGAAAAAGGACCCAGAUAUUGUAUUGCCAAAAUCAGACCCUACGAGAUUAGAUAAGUCAGCAUCUGCUUAUAAGCAUUCAUCAAUCUAUUUCAAUGGUAGUGGGAAUUUAGGGGUUAGUGGUAGAAUAGGAGAAGCAUAUAAGUAUGGUAAGACUAAGGUUUCCCCACCAGAAGAGGAGGAGGAAUCAUGGAGGAAGAAGAUACUAGAUCCUGGAGGUGAUAUUGUGCUAAGAUGGAACAAGAUAUUCAUUGUUGCGUGUUUGCUAGCGCUGUUCAUUGACCCGUUAUACUUUUAUCUACCUGGGAUAGCUGGGGAUAAUAAGACUUCUUGUGUGAAAACAGACUUACAUUUGCAAAUUUUUGUUACCUUGUGCCGGACGAUUGCGGAUCUCUUUUACCUUCUGCACUUGUUUAUCAAAUUCAGAACAGCUUAUGUUGCUCCUAGUUCUCGGGUUUUUGGAAGGGGUGAGCUUGUGAGGGACCCCAAGAUGAUUGCAAGGAGGUACUUAAAAUCCGAUUUCUUCGUUGAUGUUAUUGCCACAUUGCCUCUGCCACAGAUUGUAAUCUGGUUCAUCAUACCUGCAUCGAGAAGUCCGAGAACUGAUCACAAUAACAAUGCUCUUGCGCUCAUUGUUUUGCUUCAGUAUAUUCCUCGCUUAUAUGUGAUUUUCCCCUUGAGUUCUGAAAUCAUCAAGGCCACUGGAGUUGUCACAAAGACUGCAUGGGCUGGUGCAGCAUACAAUCUGCUAUUAUAUAUCUUGGCUAGCCAUGUUCUGGGGGCAGCAUGGUAUUUACUAUCAAUUGAGAGGUACACACACUGUUGGAAGUCCAGCUGCAGACUUGAAAAAGGCCCUCCAAAAUGCGAGCUUCAUUUUUUAGAUUGUGAUAUGUUCAAGAAUUUAAAUCGUGUGGCUUGGGCCAAUGGAACUAGUGUGUUCAGCAACUGCGAUCCAAAACGAAGUAAGAGCUUCCCUUAUGGAAUUUUUGAGGACGCAGUGAAGAAGAAUGUUGUCUCCUCUAAUUUCAUCCGGAAGUACUUCUAUUGUUUAUGGUGGGGCUUGCAACAAUUAAGUUCAUAUGGCCAGAAUCUAAAUACAAGCACAUUUAUUGGGGAGACAUCAUUUGCCAUACUCAUUGCAAUCUUGGGUCUUGUCUUAUUCGCACAUUUGAUUGGGAAUAUGCAGACUUAUCUUCAAUCUAUCACUGUGAGGCUUGAAGAGUGGAGACUCAAGCGAAGAGAUACUGAAGAAUGGAUGAAGCAUCGGCAACUCCCUGAAGAUCUGAAACAGCGUGUCCGACGUUUUGUACAGUAUAAAUGGCUUGCAACUCGAGGGGUGGAUGAAGAAACAAUUCUGACUAGCUUACCUGUUGACCUACGCAGAGACAUUCAGAGUCACCUGUGCUUGGACCUUGUUCGAAGGGUUCCUUUCUUCUCACAGAUGGAUGAUCAGCUACUAGAUGCAAUCUGUGAACGUCUUGUAUCCUCAUUAUGUACGGAGGGCACAUAUAUUGUUCGGGAGGGUGAUCCUGUAACAGAGAUGCUUUUCAUAAUUAGAGGGAGAUUAGAGAGCUCCACCACAAACGGGGGUCGAACUGGAUUUUUUAACUCGAUUACUUUGAAACCUGGUGACUUUUGUGGUGAAGAGUUACUGGGUUGGGCUCUUCAUCCAAAAUCCUCUCUAAAUCUUCCGUCAUCAACCAGAACUGUGAGAGCCCUUGUUGAAGUAGAAGCCUUUGCCCUUAGAGCAGAAGAUCUCAAGUUUGUAGCCAACCAAUUCAGACGACUUCAUAGCAAGAAGCUUCAACAUACAUUCAGGUUUUACUCUCAUCAUUGGAGGACAUGGGCUGCCUGCUUUAUACAGGCUGCUUGGCGGCGGUAUAAGAGGAGAAGGUUGGCUAAAAGUCUCUCUUCCUUGGAUUCUUUCACAUCUGAAAGAGAUGAUGAUGAAACAAGGGAGGAUGAAGAACCUCUAUGUGUUACUCCUCGGGCAAUAUCAAACCUAGCAGUGACAUUAUUAGCUUCAAAGUUUGCAGCAAAUACCCGGAGAGGUGCUCAGAAGAUUAAGUUGCAGAAACCAGAAGAGCCCGAUUUUUCUGCUGAUCCUGAUGAUGAUUGAUCACAUACUUAAUAUCUGUACAGAAAAGGUUUAUUAUUAGCUUAAAGGUUCAUGAAAGUGGAAGCCAAUGAUUGGCGGUGCACAGAAUUGCUGGAAAUUUCUCUUACUCUGCCGUCAUCUGCAUGUGCCUGCAUUGUUUUGCUUAUCUGCUGGUGCACACAGGAGAAUGAAUUGUUUUCAUGAAGUGCAGAGUGCAACAAAGUGAAAAUGUGGACAAGCAAUUCAUUGAAUUUUGUUACUGGAAUUGUAUACUGGAUCGCAAUAUGGAACUUGAGGAAAUGUAAUUUGAAAUUCGAACCUAUAUUUGUCGAUGAAAUGUUGAUCAUAUAUACAUGUACUGUACACUAAUACCACUGACGAUAUAAAUACAGGUCACUGCUUUUUGUUCGAUAUAAGUAGAUGAUAAUUUUAUUA